GGGCCCCGCCGGCCGCGGCGCGCCCGCUGCCAUGGCUUUCCGCAGGAGGACGAAAAGUUACCCGCUCUUCAGCCAGGAGUUCGUCAUCCACAACCACGCGGACAUCGGCUUCUGCCUGGUGCUCUGCGUCCUCAUAGGGCUUAUGUUCGAGGUCACUGCCAAGACGGCCUUCCUAUUUAUUUUACCUCAGUAUAACGUCAGCGUGCCUACAGCAGACAGUGAGACCGUGCACUACCACUACGGGCCGAAGGACCUGGUCACAAUCUUGUUCUACAUCUUCAUCACCAUCAUCUUGCAUGCUGUGGUUCAGGAGUACAUUUUAGACAAAAUCAGCAAACGGCUUCAUCUCUCCAAAGUCAAACACAGCAAGUUCAAUGAAUCUGGACAGCUGGUUGUCUUUCAUCUCAGCUCAGUGAUAUGGUGCUUCUACGUGGCGGUGACGGAAGGAUAUUUAACCAACCCAAGAAGCCUCUGGGAAGACUAUCCACAUGUGUACCUCCCCUUCCAGGUGAAGUUUUUCUACCUGUGCCAGCUGGCCUACUGGCUGCACGCACUUCCUGAGCUAUACUUCCAGAAGGUACGGAAGGAGGAAAUUCCCCGCCAGCUGCAGUACAUCUGCCUGUACCUGGUCCACAUAGCCGGAGCGUACCUCCUCAACCUGAGCCGCCUGGGCCUGAUCUUGCUGCUGCUGCAGUACUCCACCGAGUUCCUCUUCCACAUGGCCCGGCUCUUCUACUUUGCUGACGAGAACAAUGAGAAGCUGUUUAACGCCUGGGCUGUUGUGUUUGGCGUCACCCGCCUCUUCAUCCUCACUCUUGCCGUGCUGGCCAUCGGCUUUGGACUUGCCCGCAUAGAAAACCAAGCUUUUGACCCCGAGAAAGGAAACUUCAACACCUUGCUUUGCAGGCUCUGCGUGCUGCUGCUGGUGUGUGCUGCCCAGGCCUGGCUCAUGUGGCGCUUCAUCCACUCCCAGCUGCGGCACUGGCGGGAAUACUGGAACGAGCAGAGCGCCAAGCGGAGAGCCCCAGCUGCCCCCAGACUACCAGCCAGGCUCCUCAAGAGGGAAUCCGGUUACCACGAAAAUGGAGUAGUGAAAGCAGAAAAUGGAACCUCCCCACGGACUAAGAAACUCAAGUCUCCUUAAGGCCAAAGUGCUGAGAACAGGAAUCCUCUUUGAGGGCCAGGAGGGCAGCAGGAGCCCAGGCCUCCGUCACUGCCUCCCCUUCCUGCUCCUGACGCUCCAGCUCAAACAGCAGGAACCUGUCUUUAAACAGGGCUGUUUCUCUUUCUUUCUUCUUGGCUUUUUCUCUUUCUUCCAUAAACCAUCCUCAAUAAAACCAAAAAUCUUCCUCUCCUCUCCCUCAGCCACUGCUGGCCUCAGCUCUGUGCUGGUGUUCAUGGUUACCUUUCUGCUGGCCUCUUCUGUCUCGUCCUUCAUGGCUGCUGCUUUCUUUUUCCUUCUUUUACUGCAUUGUGCAAUUUUUCUGUGUCUUGAUUUUUACCAUAAAGAGGGAGCUAAGACUGCAGUCCUGGCCAUCCAACCCCAGCAUCGGUCCUGGGACCUGUUAAAGUCUAGAAGCCUCAAGCAAGGAGCCUUUGCCCCAGGGCCAGCAGCAGGCCCCCGGUGGUCCCCGUGUGGUCGGGCAGGAAGACGAGAGACCAGCCCCUCAGAUCAUAGUCUCCUAGGUGCUGAUUGACUGACAGGUGUGUGACUCCAAUUCUGUGUGCCGCCUCGAGGCCCCGCAGAGCCAUUGCUCCUUGUAAAUGCUGAGGGGUUUGGCUUCGGGACCUGACAACUUGGUCUAGAGGAUGGCAUGAACUGGGUCCCAUGACUUGAGACAGCCUGCCAGUGGUGGGUCCUGCGUUGGAAUCCAGCCUGCCUCGCUCUGCUGGGUAAGUGCCCGAUGCAGGACGAGCUUUCCCACUAGAGCGGGAGUAAUGUGCUGAGCAGUGGCUCUUCCCGAGAGUCGGAGUCAACCCAGGCCUUUCUUCAGCAGCCCCGGCUGCACCUUUCUCAACCGUUCACCAGCACUCAGAACCAAACCUGCCAGUCGUGGAGACCAUCUGGGCCUGUGCUGGUCUAAACCCCAGACCCAGGAGCUCUGACUUCAUCUCUCUACCUGCAGGGACACCGUGCCCCGCUGGCCUUAGGCCCGCGGGAGGGUCGCCUGUGCCAUUCUCCCCCUGCCUCUUGUUGAGUAUUCUUUAGAAUUGUCAUUGUCAUCUGCUGAUGUUUGUUGAGCACACCUGUAGCGCUUUAGAUGGUAUGAACUGGGACAGCUGCUUAGGUGAGCAGCACAGCUGUGCCCAGUUUUCUACCCUGUCCCUCACAUAGUCUGGCCCCUCCUCCCUCCCCAAGGCAAGGCCUCCGUGUGCUGAUCGGCCCUGUGAGGACCUCCACAGAGGGUGGGGCUUUCAGAGGUCCUGUUUAAGAACUGAACUCUGCCACAGUGCUGGGGGCAGUUCUUGGUGGGUGCAGGAAUGUCAGUGUCAUUUCAUGGGCUGGUCCUCUUUCUGACAUCACGCUAGAAGCCAAACCUUAGAUUAUGAUCCAAAAGGGGAAGAUGGGUCUUUUCAUCGAGGCCAUACCCCUUCUCUAUGUCACUUGUAUCAGAGAUGGGUUUUCAUUUCCCAGUGACGGGGAUUUGUUUCCUGACAUUGCAGACCCUCAUCUCUGUCAGCAAAAGGUGGCUGCCUUUGGCUUCCGGUUACUUUUAGGAAGUGGGACAGUGUUUUUGAAAGAAGGCAUCUCUCCCAUCCUUCUCUUAAGCCUCUGGGCUGCAAAGCAGAACCAUGGUGAACGGGUGGCCUGGUGGCUGCUGAUGGUGGGGCCAUUCAGCCAGUAGCCUCCUCCAUCCGCCCCAGCAGCCCAGGCACCAUCUGGCUGUCUCCCGGCUGCCUGGGCAGUGUGUUCCUGCUCCCUGCAGAGGCAGUGUCCCCAGGUGAGCCCCAUUAAACUGCAGCCCUGCCUUCAGCAAAUGCACGUGUGCUGCGGGCUGGGGAGGUGCUGAGCGCAGCUCAGGUCCUGCCCUGCAGCAGCUUCCCUCCUGUGCAGAGGUAGUCUAGGUUGUCCGGUUCCCCGAGUCCCCUGCAGGCUCCACGCUGUGUACAAUGUAGUGUGCCUUGGAGUUGGGGCCACCACCCCAGUGGCCAGGCAGCUGCGACUCCACAGGGAUUGUCCAGUAAUGUAAGUAAGAUUAUUUUCACUGCUCUAAAGACCCGAGACGCGAGGAAGGCUAGCAUCUCAGCAGCUGGGCUUGGGAAUGAUCUGAAGGGAGGGGGUAAGAGGGUCGUCGUGGGGUGCCUGGCACGUUUCUUUCAGAGCAGAGCCAAGUCUUUGGCAGGUUGGCUCAAACCUUGUUGCCAGGGGCUGAAAUAACUCAGUCCCACCUCACCCUGUGAGCUCAUUGGGCUGGCUCGUCCUGAUUUGGCCUCUUUGGCCUCUUCCAUCUUAAACACUCCUGUUCCCAGCACGCAUGCCAUCUGUGGAGGCCCCGUCAGACACCUCCAAGCUGGGGAGGCCACCAGAGCAGGAGGCUCAUCUACCUCAGCCGCCGCUGCCCCUCCUUGGAAGCUCAGUGAUGGGAAAGAUAUUUUUACCACCCAGGCUCUGGGAGCUGCACUAAUAAUAAGUUGCAUGUGUCCCUUCUGAAGGCAGUGGACAUUCUAGGGGAAGGGGAGCAGGCCUAGCCAGGAGAGCUGCUUCUCCAUUCUAGUCAGUGCUAACCCUGAGUGUGUCUGGGCUACCGGAGCGGUGAUGUUGCCAAGAGAACCUUUUCUGUUUGAGGGCAGAACUUAACAUUUCAGAAACCAAAACAGUCAUCUGUGCUCCAGCCUCUGCAGAUGCUUCCCUGACUGCAGCCCCUGGGACCCUGGACGCCCCCAAGCCCGGGCUGCUGUUCCAGGGCUGUGUGCUGCUGGGUCUUCUAGGGGGACCUUCUUCCUCGGUUCCCUUUGACCUUUAAGUGGAGAGUAAGAGGUAGGGGCAGAGAGCAUCCCCUCCUGAGAUGCCUUUAGAAUUCGCUGUGUCUUGCCGACCAUGUCAAGCUCCAGCUGGGAGCUUAGUUUGGAUCUUUCAUAGGCCUCAGCCUGCUGGGUGGAGUUCCCAGGCCUGGGUGAGAGAGGGCAGGGAGGCCAGGACGUGACUCCUUGCCUGAGGGCCUCGGAGACCCAUGUGAACGGAGGUCCACUCCUGGUCUUCACAGGCCUCUGCUCUUUCCUGAAGAGGGUGUUGAGAGUCGGAUUGCUGAGUGGUCUUGAUCCCCUCCCCCAUGCUGCCUUCCUGGCGCUCAGCCUGUCAGGAGGGACUUGGGCACAACUGCGGAAUUGGGUCAUUGUCAUCACUGACUCAAAACCUAAAUAGACUCCCUCUCCGCCCCGGUUGGCCCAGUGAGGAAGCCUUUACCAACCUCUCACUCUGCCCCAUUU